UAGAAGUCACUCUCCGUGACAGUAAGGAGUGCAGGACAAAAAUGAAGUCUCUCCGAUUCAUUAGCGCCGAAGCAUUAGUGUCAAAUUCAGAGUUUGCCAGGAAGAGUCUCGGUGCUGUUGCUCAUGAUCUUUUUCCGCUUCUUUUUAAAGCCAGCUAUUUACUGGAGCAAGGGGAAGUGAUUCACGACUUGGUAGAAAACUGGCCACUUUUUGAUUUUAACAUGGGAAAACUAUUGGGAGCUACUCUGGACUACGAGGAAGAUCUGAGCUAUAGAACAUGCUCCGUGUGCUUGGAAAGCUGUCUGACAGGGCUGAGAGACUACGUGCUGAAUCAGUCUUCUCCCUACAUGAAAAAGUUGAAAGUGGUCGACCUGACAGGUAUAAAAGAUGUUGAAGUUCAGUUCUGUAAGUGCAAGAAGACAAUGGGCAGGUGGGCCAGGACACAGCUGCUCUCUGAGCUUUGUUCAGCCCUCCCGGUUUACAUGCAACAAGCACAGUGCAAUCCACGUACCUUUGACAUCAGUAUCAAUGUACUAAUUGACCUGUUUGUUACAGAGCGGAACUAUGAGCUGGUUGUGCAGGCCCUAUUGAAGAAAUGCAGUUGUCCUCUGAAAAUCUGCUGUGUGGCAUUCAGAUCUGACAACCUGACCUUGCAGAAAUUCUUCUAUAUCAUAAAGCUCGCUGAUCCCUCCUUGUUGCGCAAACUGGAAAUAGUUCAUAAUGUUCGCUUGGAAAUGGAACACUUAGAAAUGCUCUUCAACAGUAUCCACUUCCCUCUGUUGAUGUCCUUGACGUUGCCAGCACGAACAUUUAAUGUGCAGAGGUUCACAGCUACGGAUGAACAGAUGCUUACUAACAUUGGAGAAAAGAUGGGUGAGAUGGCACAGCUCACUGAGCUGAAUAUGUCAUUUUCUAUACUCACUGGAAGAAUACAGAAACUUCUCAGCCCACUAAAAACUCCACUGAAGAUGCUGGAUGUUUCUAACUGCUCCUUGAACCAUGCUGAUAUGGCCUUUUUAGCCAGUAGCUUCCAUGCCAAUCACUUGGAAGCCCUGGACCUGAGUGGCCACAAUAUAAUUGAACUUUACCCAUCAACAUUCUUUAAGCUCCUCAGCCAUUGUUCUUCAGUGCUCAGGAGUCUUACCUUGGAGGAGUGUAAUAUCCAAGACACUCAUGUCAACAUGUUGAUUUUAGGUUUAAGCCCAUGUCAGAAACUGCAGGAGUUUAAGUUUAUUGGAAAUCCACUAUCAUCCCAAGCACUUAAAGACCUUUUCACAUUUCUCUGUGAAUUGCCAAUGCUGAAAAAUGUGGAGUUCCCAGUUCCAAGGGAUUGCUACCCUACUGGCAUCACCUACCCCAUUGAUGAUGCCAGUGUUUGCAGAUUUGAUCACCAAAAAUAUGAAAGGGUAGCAGAGGAGCUUAGCCUCAUUUUACUCCAAGCAAAUAGAGAGGAUGUGAAGGCUUCAACACCACUUUUUGGGAGUUAUGAUGCAGCUGUUCAGGAGACAAACAAUGAACUGGGAGCUUACUUGAUCAAGUCUUUCAAAGAGACUUUAGAGAAGUUCACUUCUUCAUUUAACAAAUUUAGUUAAAUUUAUAAAAUUGUAAAGUAGUGAGAUAAUCUGCUAAAUCAGAACUUAAAUUAGUCUUUUCUGGAUCUGCACCUUCAAUCACCAGUUGUGAAUUUUCUUUAAUUUUUCAGCUGAAUUUACUAGUAUUUGAAUAGCCUCUAAUCACCUGAGUUACUGUAACUUAUGCUAUAUCUAAUGCAUACACUUUACACAAGCACUACUUGCUCACAAAAGAUGAGAGGACACUUAAUAGUGCAUUGUUUUAUAUAAAUGCACUUUUUCUCAGUAAAUCAAAUAGGUGUGUAAGCUUGGCUGAUUUCUUAUACAGGUUCCCUUAGAUUUGUCAGCUGGUCUUGUAGUCUUGCAGAAAAAACAGAGAAGUCCUUUCCUAAGUCCAGCAGGAUGUUCAAAAGAUUGUGCACAUAUCCUCACAUAUGGCUCCCUAAACUGAUUUUGACUUUUUUGCUCAUGACCUGAAUUUACCAAUCUGUGUUUUAUGUUGUAUAUUCCAAAUAAUGGAGGAUUUAUAACAGCCUCCAUAUCCCUGUGCCUCUUUCUUCUGCAGAGGCAAGUGCAAUAAACAGAAUUUGUCUUCUAUACUGCCCUUGGUGAGGAGUAAAAUUCCAUACUGAGGAGGUAGCAGAUCAAAUGGUUGGCUGACAGGAGGGAAUCUCAUCCCACUUACCCAGCAAUACUAAGCAAUCUGUGGGGACUCUGCUGAUGUUCUUGCAAUAUGUAUUUUAGGAACGUGGGCCAGUGUGUAUUUUAGAAAGUGCUGCACAGCCAUGUCAGCUGGUCAGAGCCUCAAGAUACUCCCUUCCUGGAAUCGGCUCCUUGGCUGGUAGAAUGCACCCUGCUCCUUUCAGCUGUUUUAAAGAAAGUCGAGGACUGUGGUAGUACUGAAAAAAAGAUUCAUUUGAAAAGACAUGCAAAAAAAAAAAUCCAAUGCCAAUUUAAAAAAUGUGGAAAAGGGGCAUGGCUGGUUGCUGACUAACUAGAAGUUCUUCUGUGUAAAACACUGCUGGCGUUCUGUCAGGACUGUGUGUUCUCUACAGACUUGCCACCAGUAUCAGGAAAAAUCACAUUUAUUUGUCUAGCUUUAGUGCAAGGAAAGUAUUAGAAUGACAGAGUAAACAGUGUCCCAGAGUCCACACACACAGCAUUGGAGCAUAGGUAAAGGGGCCAACUGGAUGUCAGGACAGUAAGGCCACAGGACACAUCUGGGGAGAGUACUGUAAUUGGGGCCUGAGUGGUAAACAAGUGCUACUCAGCUUCUCACCUGUAAAACUGGAGACUUGGUUAGCUUCUAGGUAAUUAAUAAAUAAAUAUAAUAAUGUUUUUAAAAUAUAUAAUAAAUAUACUUUAACUGUUAAUGAAAACUUGAUCAAACGGGACUGAAAAUGAAUACUUGUAGCAGGAGCUGAAGGUGUCAUUGUAGUAUUGAGGAUCAUCAUUAUGAUAACCAGGACAGUUUAUUUGAAAUAAUACUGGGCCUCAUCAUCUGAGGGUGAGGAAAAACUUUCUUCAUUUAGGCAGUGCUGAUUUGUCAAGCUUUCUGUUUAUCUAUUCCUAUUCUAGGAAUAUGCAAGAAACUCUUAAACUAAUUUAUUUUUAAAAACAUCAAAACAAAACAAAAAUUAAUGGACUGAGUACUAACCAGAACUUACAUGUUCCACAGCAUGCAUUUAAUUUUUUUUUUUGAUGUCAGCUUACAUGAUGGUAAAAUUGAAAGUGAAUAGUCAUGACCUGUUUAUGUUUACAGAGCACUUGAAAAAUACAAAGGUAAUCCAAGUUGCUAAGCUAGGGAGUUGAGAAUACUAAAUUACAGAAUUGGGUCCCAUUCUUUCCCAAAGCUGUCUUAUCUUUGUGGCUUCAUCUUCUCUCAAACUCCCAUAACUUUGAGAGGUGUAAAUGCUGGCUGAGAUGAUUAGUCUUACAAGAUCAAUGGAAAGUAGAUGGAUCUGUAAUUUGCUAGAUGUCCCCCACUGUUCUGUCACUACAUGCAUUUGGAAAAAGUUCCUUUCUAGAUUUCUUGUAGACCCCCCUUUAGAUACUUGAAGAGUGCUGUAGGUUCUCCUCAGUGCCUUCUCUUCUCCAGGCUGAAUGAACCCAACUCUCUAAGCCUACCUGCGUAGGAGAGGUGUUCCAGACCUCUGAUCACUCUGACGGCCUCCUCUGGAUUUGUUCCAAUGGGUUCAAAUCUUUCAUGUCUUGGGAUUCCCAGAUCAUGAUAGUUCAGUUUAGGCAACCCACUUCAGUCUGUCCCUUUCUUCUUUUCUUAUGGUGAUGUUUUUCAUGUGGAGCACUCAAGUAUCCAAAGAGGUUUAUGGAAAUCACAGUUUAUGCAAACUUAAUAAUCUGCAUUGUAAAUUCUACUGCUGGAACUGAGCAGUUACACUUCACAAUUUUGAGCAUCAUCUAACUGAAGCCUUUUGGUUGAAUGCCUGCCUACCUCUGUUAGUUUAAUGCAACUGCACUACAGAAUGCUAAUGCUGAAAAGAAAAAGUAUGUUAAAAACAACAAACAAGUCAGCAUGAAUUCAUAAAGUGAAACGACAUUUCAACCCAAUCCAUAAUUUAAUAAAUGUAAUAGUUUUAAUUACCACACAGUAUAUAAAUAGAAUUUAAAUUUAAAAAAUGUAUUAAAAGUAUUAUGCUAGAAAUGAUAAAUGAUAAAUCAUAGGGGAACCUAUAAACCAAUUGCCAAACUCAGAGAGAAAUGUCAAUGAAUUAAGAAAUUCUUGUGAUGGCUUAAACUCAUAAAUACAAACCAGUAUACUUCCUUAAAGAAAAAAAUAAAAGGGUAUUUUUCCUGUGGUGAUACAUGUUGGCUGACUCCUUAGAACCCUACUAUUUAUUAUGUGUAAUAGUCCCAUUAUCUUCAAAAUUUUCAGAGCACUACUUGCAUACCAAUAAAGUAGUCUGCUUCUUCCAUUACAAAGUUCUACUGGAUCUUGAUUAGUAAUUACUACAUUGUAGUGAUUAUUCUGUGAUUUUUUUUUUUUUUCUACUGAUACUCUUUUUUCAGCCUUCUGAUUUCAGAAUUCCAAGAUCAAGGUAUGAAAUACCUUGAGGUACAUGCUCAUGUGACAAGACGAUUUUUAUAUUUUCUUUUGGCAUCCCCUACUGGUGUACAGCUGUGAAGACUCCUCCAUGACACUGAAGAUCUCAAAACAGCUCCUAUGCUUCUUUGGCUAAAUCCUUUUGAAUGUUAAUAACAGCUAAAGAAAUGGCAGGUCAAUGACAAAAUAUUUCUAUUCUCUUCAAGCAACAUAAUUUCAUUGCUUCAGUGAAUAUACCGUCUACUUAAGCAGUACAUUUAAUUACACUACUUUGCUUGUUUCACGUCGUUUAUUUUGAUUUUGGUUUAAGUUUUUCAGUUUUUAAAAUAGUAAUAAUGGAGAAAGAAAUGUCAAAUUUGUCAUUCAAAUUAACGUUGAUAAAUAUCCUUUGUGAUAAUGCAGUGAGGCAAUGCAUAAUUUUCCAUCACUUCGUAAGUUAUGUGAAGAUGAUGAAAAAUCUGCAUAAAAAUUCCAACUCAAUUCCUUGAGGACUAGGCAGAAUUUUUUUCCAUUAUUAUUAUUACUUCUAAAAACUUACUUCUUACUUCUUCCAAAAAGAAUGGAAAAGCAUUAGUGACAUUAACAUCUUUCGAUUUAUUGUAGCUGCAGCAUUUCCUGAUGUAGAAACCUUCAAUCUCACUUUAAGCACCUGGCAUAUCUGGGAACAUGAUCAAACCAUGUUCCCUAGAAGAAUCAAAGGAGACAAACUAGCAUUUCAGAUUAACAAAAGAGGAAUUCUCUGUUGGCUAUAGAAGGAUUGGGCAGUUGCGCUUUUAGAUCAAAUUUUUUUAGGACACCAAGCAUACACUGUUUUCUCACCAUUAUUAAGCAUGCUCAUGUGAACUUUGUCAAGAAAGGGCCUCAGAAAUGGAAAACCCCUGUCUGGUCUACAGACCAGACACACAGGGUGUACACAUGAAUGGGAGCUGAAGGAUCUUUCUGUGGAUACUUCCUAAGAACAGAAAAUAAAUAAUUUUUAAUAGAAAUCAAAUUUACUACUGAAAGCUGAUGUUGAUCAAUGACACCGUCCAAAUGACAAAUGAUUUCUAAUUGCAGAUUUUGCUCAUUCUUUGAAUGCUCAUUAAUCUCUAGUGAGUAUAAGAUGGGAGCAUGCAUUGCUAAAUAUUAAUACUUCCCAUUAAUCUUAAAUUGCAGUUAUGAUUUUCAGUUAGAUGGAAUAAUGUUAUCAUCUGUUUCCUAUCAGAUUAUCUACUGGACAGAACUAGUCUUUUCCUUUUUUGAUAGACUGCUUUGACUCUUCACCCACACAUAUCUUUAUAUUUUCUUUUUUUUUAAUCAAAACACGUGAUUUCUUCAAAGAUAAAGUUCACUGAUAUUUAAAUAAACAUAAAAAUCCCUAUUAUCUAACCUUC